GGCCGGGCCCGCGAUGGCUCUCUGGGCGGCUGGGCUGGCCCUCGUCGGGCUGGUCCUGGCCGGGCCCAUCUUGGCCAGCGGGGAAAGGCCGUGCGCUGAGGUACCAGAGGCCAGCGGGGCUUAUACGUGUGAGGCCCGGGGCCUGCGGGCCGUCCCGGACAGCCUGCCGGCCUCCGCCACAACUCUCGACUUCAGCUUCAACAUCCUGCCCACCCUCAAGAGGCACAUGUUCGGCCGGCUGACCAGCCUCGAGCACCUGGACCUUAGCAGGUGCCAGGUGAACUGGGUCCACGAGGACGCCUUCGAACCCAACGUCCGGCUGGGCUCCCUGGUGCUGACGGGCAACCCGCUGAUCUUCCUGGCCGAGCGGGCGUUCGCCGGCCCGCGGCUCCUGACCCGGCUGGGCCUGGCCCAGACGGGCAUCACGGACCUGUCCUUCGUCCCCCUGGCCCACCUGCAGGGCCUGGAGACCCUCCUGCUCGGAGGCAACGCCAUCUCCUCCCUGCGCCUCCCGCCGGCCUUCCCGUCCCGCUCCCUCCGCACGCUGGACCUGGGGGCCAACGCCGUCCGCCACGUGGCCGCCGGGGACCUGUCCGGGCUGGCCGCGGCCACCAACCUCAGCCUCCUCUUGCAGGCGAACCCCCUGGCGUCCGCCGAGCCCGGCGCCUUCAACGUCACCGCCUUUGCCAGCCUGAACCUGGGAGGUGUCGGAGACCUGGGGCCGCUGCUGGCGGGGCUGCGAGGGUCCGCUGCCCGCGCCCUCUGGCUGGGCGUCUUUGAGGACGCCCCGGUGGGGCUGCCCCCGCCGCUGACCCCCGCGGCGCUCCAGGGCCUGUGCGACGUCGCGGUGGACGCCCUCAGCCUCCAGGGCCGGCGCCUGCCCGAGCCCCUUCCCGCCAUCGCCUCUUCCUGCCUCGCCCGGCUCAAAGGCCUGGACCUGAGCCACACGCACCUUCGGGCCCUGCCGGCCGGCCUGGGACCCCUGCCCGCCCUCCGGGAGCUGGCGCUGGGCCGCAACGCCUUCCGCCACCUAGCCGACCCCGGCUGGGCCGGCUUCCCCGCCCUGGCCGGGCUGGCCCUGCGCGGCAACGAGGUGCCGCUGGAGCUGGGCCCGGGUUGCCUGGCCCCGCUGAGCGGCCUCGAACGACUGGACCUGAGCCGCAGCCAGAUCGCCGCGCCCGCCUGCUGCCACCCGCAGCUGCAGGGCCUGGGCAGCCUGCGCCGGCUCGCCCUGGGCCACAACCGGCGGCUGGAGCUCGUGGACAGAGCCUUCCGGGACUGCCCUCGGCUGGAGCGGCUGGACUUGGCGGGGACUCCGCUGGGCCUGGCCGCCGCCGCCCCGCCGGGCCCGUUCCACGGCCUAACCUUGCUGCAGGACCUCAACCUCUCCCGCUGCGGCCUGGACGCCGCCCACCCUGACCUGCUGGCCGGCCUGUCCGACCUCCGCCGCCUGGACCUGAGCGGGAACCCGUUCCCGGCGGACGGUGGGGCUCUGGCCGGCCUGCUGGGCUCCACCACCGCCCUGGAGGAGCUGGCCCUGGCGGCCUGCGGCCUGGAGGCAAUCCCUGGUCCCGCCUUAGCCGCCCUCAAGGCCCUUCGCCGCCUGGACCUGAGCGGGAAUCGGCUGACCGGCGCCGACGGACUGCGGGCCCUGCGGGGCCUGAGCCUGGAUCUGGCGGCCAACCGGCUGCGCCUGGUGCCGCCCGGCCUGCUGUCCGCCCUGGCCGCCCAGAGCGACGUCCGCCUGGCCCGCAACCCCCUCGACUGCUCCUGCGCCAACGCCCGCUUCCUGGCCUGGUUCCGGGAGAAGCCGGGGAAGACCCGGGACCGCGGGGCGACGACGUGCGGCGGCCCCCCGGCCCUGGCGGGCGUCCUGGUGGCGGAUGUCAUCCCGGCCUGCGGGCUGUCCGAGGGCGGCGUCGCCCUCCUCGUGCUAUUGGUACUAGCCGGGGCCACGGCCGGAGCCCUGGGCGCACGCCGUCUCGCCAUCAGCCGGUACCAGAACCUCUGAGCCCAGGCCCGUGGGGAUGGGACGGGGGGCGGCACGGUGGACUGGACGCCUCCCACUAGGCCCCGCUGGGAGGCUGUCGGUCCCCCCCACCGGCAGAUCCCCGGGGGCGGGGGCCGCGGUCCUGGCUCCGCAGCGCUCAAUCCGGUCCUACUAAUAAUGAUAGUAUUUGUUAAGCGCUUUACU